AUGAAGAUCCAAGCUUUCAUGCUCAUCGCCGCUUUGUUGUUCUUUUCCGCUCUUAUUCAGGAUUGUGAAGGAAUAGGGAUAUUUCCACCUGGUAAAGGAAAACGAGCGGUCCAAAGAAAAGUAAGUACUCCACCGUCAACAAAAAAUUUUAGUGGAUAAAAGUCUGAACGAAUGUUAUGAAAUAUACCAUACAGAUUUGUCUUUAGAAGUGUGGGAAACUUUUAAAUCCUCUCCAUUAUGUUAAAGGCACCGAAAUGAUCAUCCCGAGCUGUAACAUUUGGAGGAUGGGUACGACGGGGGACGAAAAGAAAUCAAUUUUACACACAAAAUUUGAAGGUUUUUUUUAGGGAGGGGAGGGGGAGGGAAGGGGAUGACUGUGUUCACUGUCAUAGUUGACCAUAUCGUAAAAUAGGCAAACCAACCCCUAGAGCAUCUUUAAAACAUAAAUGAACUUCUCGCUCUCUCAAGCUGACCUUAUUAUAGACGUUAUCGUGGCUUUUAUUUAGUUUCAUGGACGGAACUUUGAGGAACUAAGAGAUAACUGACUUUUUCAAUAAGUGAAACAUAACUGUACUUAGAGAGCGGCCUUAUUUCUGUUUGUUCCUGUAGGUUCAAGUGACAGCACGGAGUAUUUGUGAGGCAGCUAGAAGCUUGAACUGCGAUGGGAUGGAUCUUGACGGCUGA